CAUUCUGGCACCGGGAGGUUUUCCAGUUUCGGGUCUUUCUGCAGGGAUCCGGUCAGUUUGCUGAACUGUUUUAUGUGAUUCUUUUUAUUCGUGAACUUUUCUGUUUUUUUUUUCUUGCUUAUUUUUCACAUUUUGAAGCGGCGAACCGAACUUUAAAUGCGCUAAAAUCCCGCCGCCGCCCCAGACCGUGCAGACAGCAGGAUGCCCGUCCUAUCGAGCCCAGACAGCGCCAACAGGUUCAGGGAGAGGUGGCUGGACCAGGCCGCCGGUUCCGGUUCUGCCCCCCUGGAUGACAGCCUCACCAGCCUCCACUGGCUGCAGAACUUCUCCAUCCUGAGCGCCGACCCGGAGCGGCUGGCCGGUACCGGCCCGGAGUGCCCCUCCUCCCACCACCACCUGCUCCUCAGGCGGCUCGGCUUCCCCAGAACCGGGACCGACUCUCCGUCCAGCCCGCCGGCCGGGGACACGGCGGCGGCCGCCGGGAUGCCGCGGUACCCGGGCAGCCCCGCCACCUCCGGCAGCCAGACCACCGCCGCGCCGCCGCCGCGGUUCUCCCCGCUCCCCGCACCGGGCUUCCCGGUCCAGGCGGGCCCGCCGGUGGAGGUGGACUACCGGAGCAACCCGAAGGUCAAGCCGCCCUAUUCCUACGCCUCUCUCAUCUGCAUGGCCAUGCAGGCCAGCAAGCAGCCCAAAGUCACGCUGUCCACCAUCUACAGCUGGAUCACAGACAACUUCUGCUACUACCGACACGCAGAGCCAAGCUGGCAGAACUCGAUCCGUCACAACUUGUCCCUCAACAAGUGUUUCAAGAAAGUCCCGAGGCAGAAAGACGAGCCUGGGAAGGGGGGCUUCUGGCAGAUCGACCCUCAGUACGCCGACAUGUUCGUCAAUGGCAUCUUCAAGCGCAGGAGGAUGUCUGCCAACCACUAUGGCGGCGGCGGCGCCGCAGCAAGGCAGAGCAAGCUGGUGGAGGGUUUCCCCGGCAGCUGUCCUCACCAGGCGGGCGCCAAGCGGAAGCAGCUGUCCUCCACCGACCGCAGCAAGCUGAUGCGCUCCACCGAGUCCCCGCUUCUCGCCAUGGAGGCCAACAAAGUCGACAUCCUGAAGGGGGACUUUGACCUGGGGUCCGUGUUCGAUGACGUUCUCGGCGGCGGCUGCAGCACCUUCGAGGAUCUGGACCUGAACACGGCGCUGAGCUCGCUGGGCUGCGAGAUGGAGGCAUCCAUGAACGGCCGGCAGCACGCGGCAGGCCCGGGGCGGUGGGGCGGCGCCGUGGAUGUGACCCACUACCCGUCCUACAGCUACCUGGACCUGAGCGACGCCGCCACAGACGGCACCGUCGGCAUGUCGCAGCCGCCGCAGCAGGACCAGCUGCUGCAGGGACAACACCAGCUGCAACAUCUGGACGAGUCAGCCAUGCUGUUCGGCGAGCAGCCGGUGGACGCCGCGCUGCAGCCGUGGGAGGAGAUUAAAGAGGAGCCGCAGGUCAUUCCCCUGACCCUGGACCCGGGCUUUGGGCUUUACGAGGGCUUCUUCACCGAGAUGCAGCAGUGGGAGCGAGCAGAAAGUUUCCUGUGAACUCAUGGAGAAGAGUCCAACCG